AUGGUACUGAGUUACUCUCGUGAUGCGCAGGAACUCCAAACUAGGCACUGGGGGAGCUACUGUAUAGCAUCAACUACUCGCGUCCAUAAGGGAUGCCAAGAAUGUAUAGUAUUGUACAUGAGUGUGAAAACAUACACAUCGGGGCCUUGCCAGAAUUCCUUUUGUGUUGCAUCCUACAUGACCUUGACAUUCGGGAAGCAUGUCCAGGAAACGUGUAUCGUAUUGGUUGAGUAA